GAAUAAAAAAAUAAAAUAACUUUAUAUGACACCAUUUAUUGCUGUUAAAUAAUGGCUACAAAUUAAUCUUAAUUUUAUUCUUUCAUAUGGAUUGGCUUAUUGGAAAAUCCAAGAAAAAAGACAAAGAACAAAAUUACUUAGAAAAUUUGCAACAUAUAGGAAGCAUCAAAAACAAACUACCUCUAUAUCUUGAGCCAUGUAAUUGUACUACAGCAUUUCUUUCUGUUUCUGAGAUAAAGGAAUUAGUAUUUUUACCACCUGGCAUUAAUCCUAAAGAAUGGAUAGCACUUCAUACUUAUUACAUCUUCGAAAAUGUAAAUUUGCUAUACGAAGUCAUUUCUGAAUAUUGCACUCCCAUAACUUGUCCUACCAUGGUCGGCGCAGGCAAUGUCAUCUAUCCAUGGAUAGACGAAAAGGGAAAGAAGACAAAACUUUCGGCACCUUUGUUUGUGGAUCAUGUCAUGACCAGUAUCCAGAAAAUCAUUUUAGAUGAAAAUAUAUUCCCAACCAAAUACGGCAAUCCCUUUCCUCCCUCUUUCGAAACCCAAGCCCGCAAAAUCACUCGUUGGCUUUUUCAAGUGACUAGCCACUUGUAUAGUUCCCAUUACUUUCAAGCUUUAGGUUUGCAAGGCAUUCAUUCACAUCUCAAUACACUAUUCGUUCACUUGCUUUUGGCCUUUUCUCUCGAGGAACCACUUUCUCUCCUCUUGUCCGAUAACGAACCUUUAGCCGAACUGGCAACCAUCCUGAAAGUUGACGGAGAAAAGGAAGUUGUGGUGGACGGGUUUGAUACAAUUCCGCGCGACGUCGAAACUGAGGAAAAGAUUCAAAGUACUUUCAAAGGCGAUGAAGUUAGAGAGGAGACAAAUUGAUGAUUUCAAUAGAAGCUUAUCAAUGACUUACCCGCCACACCUGCCUGCAAUUAUCUUAAAGCUGUAAACGGAAUUCGGUGAUUGUGAUUCUUAUUAUAAAAUUGAAAUUUGUAUUUUAUAGAUAACAUAAAUCUUCCUGUUUUCUAAACAAAGCAACUUUGCUUAGGACACUAAAAAGAGAAUAAAUUACUUGUAAAAGGGGCACUUAAUAGGUUUAAUAAUUCUCUAUAUGUAAUUUAAUUUUUGUUUAAUAUAUUCUGAUACUAUUUAAUAUUUAUAUUAUAAAAUUGCGUUUUUUGGAUAACUUAUUGAAUAAUAACUGUAUUUUUUUAUAUAAAAAAUUUAUA